AUGGCUUCCGCUUCUAGCAUCAGCACAGGCUCGGAAGGGGAGCUAUACGGCCUGGGAAUCCGCCUGGGCUUGUAUCUGCAUUCGGUGUCAUUGUUUCUCUUACGGGCGUCCGGCUACGGAUCAUGGGCAUCUCUACGUCGCGUGCGGACCAGCUGCUUCCUGAUCUGCUGUGUUAUUUUUGCUAAAUUUCUGGUCGAUUUGAUUAGAUCACGAUGCGCUCCUGCAGACUUUCUUAUCGCUUUCUACUUGAUUGUUGUGCUCUUCUUGCAGGAUUCAUAUAAUUUGUAUGAAAGGCGCAACGAGCCCGACACGGGUUUUCGAUAUGAACUCCAGCCAGAUGCAAUCCUCCUCUUGCAAAACUUACUCUGUCUGGCCGCAAAUAGCUUCGCUGCAUGGUACUGGAUUGAUGGGAUCAAUCAUGCCCCAAGAACGGGAGAUGACACCCAAGCCGCCCUUAUUGAGACAUUCGGGAUAUAUGAAACACGGUGGCGAACAUAA